AUGACUAUUGAUGCUAUUAAUUAUAGCCGAAAUAGAGAACUUUAUAAUAAUGUCUUUAAAUUGAUUAAUCUUAAAGAGAAAGAAUUAUUUAAAUCAGGUUCUAAGACUGAGCAUAGGGAAGAUAUGAUGAGUGAUACUUAUGGAAGAGCUCAAUUAUUAAAACAACAACAAAGACAGUUGAAGACUAUUGAACGAGAAGAGAUUACGGGGAGAAGAAUAGCUAAUGAGGAUGGAACCAUCUCUUACCAGCCUACCUAUAAUGAAACUACUAGUUGGGGAGAUAAAACCUGA